AUGCCUAUCACCCCCACGCCCCAAUUGCCCCUCCGAAUGACCUCCACCACCCUGAUGCCUGUCCGCGUCUCCUUGCGACGAGAUCCCAACGGCGCCCCCGACCAGCUUGACGUCGACGUCCAACCUCCGUCCAAGCGCCCUCGCCUCAGCCAGCCCGCCUCGCGACGCCGCCGCAGCUCUCCGGACCUGCUGGACACGACGAGCAGCGCUGCUGAACCGUCCGCCGCCACCUCGCCCUACCGCAAGCUCUCCGGCUCGUCGCACCACCAGCCCCUGCGCCGGCGGACUUCAGCGCGCCGCCCGCUGGCCAGCUCGCCUUCUCCGUCCACCCCCCGACCGACCACCACCACCACCUCCCCCUCCUCCGACCGCCGCAUCCUCCGCAAUGACUCCAUCCCCGCCACCACCCCGGCGCCGCUCUAUCUGCACGCCAAUCGCGAGUCUCCCGACCCGCUAGACACAAUCUCGCCCUCCGCGACGAAGAAGGCCUCCGUUCUGCGGAGGUUGUCCCCUGCGGGGCGACCUUCCGCCGCCGCCGCCGCCUCCGCCCGUCGCCCGCGCCGCCCAGCCCCGGCCGCUGACACCACCGAGAUCGAGAUUGCUUCCACACCCACCCGGCCGGAGAUCGCUGUCUCUGCCUCAUCAGAGCAGAAGCCGAGUCGGUCUUCCCGGAAUGCCGCUGCCCAGCAGCCCGCAGAGCAGGCCCCCGCGGCGCGCGAGUCACGGCGUUCCCUCCGCUCCCACGAUGGCGGCUCCCGCGCGCGCAGCGAGCUAGCUCUAUACUUCCCCAACUACGAGGAACUCCUCAGUUUGGAGCCUCCAAAGACAGAGUUCCUCGCUGGCAACACCACCCUCAAACUAAUCGACGACCUCCCCGCCCCAUUCACCCCAUCCUCCCUAGACGCCGGCGCUGACUCCGACCUCCCCUUCGGAAACCCUCUCCUCAACCUCCACAACUGCGAAACCAUCACCCUCCCUGAUCCUCCCAUGAAAGCCGAACACCCAACUCCCGAAUCGAAUACCUCCGAACCUCCCUCCGCCACCGACCCCCUCAGCGAAGACACCUACUUCCGUCCACACCGGCGCAAUGAACGACAAGAGAAACAACUCCGCAACAUAGAGCGCGACCGUGCCCAGCAUGAAAAACAGAACCUCGACCGCCUGCUGGACGAACUCCAAGGCCACGACUGGCUCCGCGUCAUGGGCAUCACGGGGCUGAUCUCCGACCCGGAACGCAAGCACUACGAGUCUAAACGCAGCUACUUCAUCCGGGAGAUCUCCGCCGUGCUGCAAAAGUUCAAGAUCUGGAAAGAAGAAGAGCGACGGCGCAAGCUGGAGAAGGACAAGCCGGUCGAAGUCGAGGACGGCCGAGAUCAGAACAAAGAGACCCCCGAGACCAACGACGAUGACGAUGACGAAGAAGCCGCCGGCGACAGUGGCAUCGCCACCCUCUCCGACGCCCAGAGCUACGGCGACCCCCCCGAUCCCAACGACGUGGACGCCUGGGCAGCCCGCCAACUCCACCAGGAGGCCCGCUCCGCAACCACCACCACCACCGCCGCAACAUCCGGCAAGAAAUUCAAACCCGCCUCCACAUCAGCCUCCACCUCCUCGUCCAAAAAACCGUCAUCAUCAUCAUCAUCAUCCUCCACCAUGCCGCCCCCGCCCCCGGCCCCGAUCCCCAUGCCCUUUCCACCACCCCCCUCCGAGCCCCUCAAACCCUUCACCUCCUUCUACGCCAAACCCCAUCUCCGCGAACUCGCCCUCUCCACGACCCACCGCAAAAACCGCACCCGACUCGCCUUCGGCCACCCGAUCCCGGACAUGGAGGAACAGGAGUUCUCGCUCCCGCCGGACAUCCUCACCGCGGAAGCCAUCGACUCGUGUCGUCGCAAGAGACGCAGGAUGCGCAGGGCUAGUGGGAGUCAGGGCGAGGUGUGGGGUCUUAGUCCGUAGGCUGGCUACCCUAACCUUACUACUACCUACUACAUACCUACCUACUCCCACCUCUUACAUACCUACCUCACUUAACUAAGUUACCUAGCUAGCUAGCUAGCUUACCUAUGUUUCUACCUACCUACCCCACUAGUCACUACUUACUACUUUAGUCACUAGUUUGUAUUUUACUACAUCGCAGACUUACUUACCUUAGCGUCUUCCUUCCUUCCUUCCUUCCCUCCUUCCCUCACUUCUUUCUUCACUACCCUCCUUCUUUUCUUUUCUUUUUUUUUCUUUUCUCUUUCUUUACCAUUUUUGUUUCUUUCUUUCUCUGUCUUUCUUUGCUACUUCUGUGAUUUCCUUGUUUAGAAGAGCGUGCGUGGGCUGUUUUCUGCAAGGCGGGUUGGGUUGGGUUCAUUUAUC